CAUUCACAUGACCAAUAGUGACUCUUUCACAUUUUAACACAUUUGAGCAAACUGAAAAUGUUGAAAUGUACUUCAGGAGGUCUUGUUGUCAUUUACAACAAGAAGUGGAAAGUGUUGCAUGUAAGUGUCCCUGAAUUCCCUUCAUUUGAGUCCAUUGUUUUACAGAUUAAUUUCCCAGUUCCGACUGUUCUUGUUAUCGUCCAACACUGACUUUUUAGCCCUUAAAUGCAUCAAUGUUUCGCCAAUCAUUUUUACAUGUUUGGGUCUUUAGCGACCCGGAUCUAUAAAACUCCCCUAAUAUUAGAGUAACCAUUACAGAAGAAUAAAAUAAAGCAUAUUUUGUUUCAUUUUGGAGCUUGGAAGGGUUCAUUUCGAGCAGAUGUUUUGUCAUCAUCACUGUCCUCACCAGAGCUCAUUUCCCAGUACAUUCAGCAAAUGACAAUUUUGAGAAUAUAUAUGUUUGAGGUCGUGAAUAUGAGCCCAUUUGUAAUCUCCAACAUAUCUUCAAAAUCAAUGUUUUGAUCGCUGACAGCUUCACCAGAUCCUCCAUCAGGUGACCGUGACACUCAUAUUUGUGACAGUGACACUCAUAUUUGAUUUUCAUGUCUUUGCAGAACAGCCAUGAUGAUCUACACAGUGACGGCGCACACAGGAAAGCAGCUCUUGGCGGGCACCACUAGCCUCAUCUACAUCCAGCUGCGUGGUACUGAGGCCGAGACUGAGGAACAGAAUCUGAACCACCUUCAGGGGUUUCGGCAAGGAUCGGUAAGUGCGCCCAAUUAAACCAACUUGAAUAUUAUGUGAUUAUAAAGUCACAAAUUUGCAAGAAAAAAACUCGUGUCAUGGAACCACAUGGCUCCCCCAACUCUGUAUUUGUAUUAUUAUUAUUAUUUCACCUAUAAUGGCCCUAAUAAACCCUAAUGAACAUGUCUGUGCAGGAGCGAGCAUUUAAGAUACACUGUAAGGUGUCCCUGGGAGAGCUCGUAUCUGUCGAGAUCUACUCCAAGCCGUUUAUGGGUCUUCUUCACAACCAGUGGUUCUGCGAUAAGAUCUUGGUCAACACGCCCGAAGGUGACGAGAUUUUGUUUCCGUGCUACAGCUGGCUUGACAGCAACGAGAGGCUCAUUUUAAGACCUGCUAAAGCUUCACUCGUGUUCCAGGACAUCAACCCAAUAGCCCAAAGACAAAGGACGAGGCAGCUAGAAGAGCAACAAAAGUUAUUUAGGUGGCGCGUGUAUGCUGAGGGCACACCCCAAGUUAUCGAUUACGACACUGCCCUUGCUCUGCCAGCUGAAGUCCGAUUCUCUUUCACAAAGGAAACCGAGUUUAACUUCAAUGCUGGAAAGCAGUUAGCUGCUCUGAAACUAACUGGAUUAGCUGACAGCAGAAGAUCGUGGGAAAGCAUGAGCCAACUGGAAGUAAUUCUUUGUGAAAACAGAGGAAAAACCAUUGAAUACAUUCAGGAGCACUGGGAUGAGGAUGAGUUCUUUGGCUACCAGUUUCUGAAUGGCCUCAAUCCAAUGUUGAUCCAGCGCUGCUCAAAGCUGCCUGAGAAUUUCCCCGUCACAGACGACAUGGUCAAAAACUCCCUAAGAGGGAGCAGCUUGGAGCAGGAGAUGAAGAAAGGGAACAUUUUCCUGUCUGACUAUAAGAUGUUGGAUGGGCUGUUGGGAAAUGUAGUCAAUGACAGGCAGCAGUACCUCACGGCUCCCCUGGUCCUGCUGUACAGUAACCCCAAUGGCAUGAUGCUGCCCAUCGCCAUACAGUUAAAGCAAAAGCCCAGCAAAGAGAAUCCCAUCUUCCUCCCAACGGAUUCAAAGGCAGACUGGAAACUGGCCAAGAUCUUUGUCCGAAAUGCAGAGUUUGGCGUUCACGAGGUCGACUUUCACCUGCUGAGAACUCACCUUCUGGCAGAGGUGUUCACCGUGGCGACGUUGCGCAAUCUUCCACCUCCACACCCUCUCUACAAGCUACUCUUUCCCCAUAUCCGAUACACGCUCCAGAUCAACAUCAUGGCACGGAAUCGGCUGAUAUCCAAGGAUGGGGCCAUUACCAUGUAUGCAGGAAUAGGUGGAGAGUCAUUGGCAAAGUUGCUGAAGCGUGCUACUGCCUCCCUGACCUAUAGCGCCCUCUGUCUUCCUGAUAACAUCUGUGAGAGAGGUCUGGAGAAUGUACCCCACUACUACUACAGAGAUGAUGGGAUAAAACUGUGGAACAUCAUCAAGAAGUUUGUUGCGGCUUUCUUGUCACACUACUAUCAAUGUGAUGCACACGUGCAGAAGGACACAGAGCUGCAGCAAUGGAUCAGUGAGAUAUUCACCAAUGGCUUCCUGGGAAGAGAUGGCUCAGGAAUACCAUCAUCUCUUCAGACUGUGACAGAGCUUGUCAAGUUUGUCACCAUGGUGAUCUUCACUGCGUCAGCCCAACAUGCCGCUCUAAACAAUGGACAGUUUGAGUUUGGCGGCUGGAUGCCUAACUUCCCCAGUGCCCUCAGAAAGCCGCCUCCCAAGGAGAAAGGCCAGACCACUGAGGACACGAUCCUGGAGACCCUUCCUGAUGUGAGCACGACGGUGAAUGGGAUGGCUGUCCUGAGACAGCUGAGCCAGGAUUCUGCAGACCAUUACCCUCUGGGACAUUUCCCAGAAAAUCUGCAUGAUGAAGAGGUCCCCUGCAAGCUCAUUGAAGAGUUUCAGAAGGAUCUGAGGGAGUUGUCGGAUCUCAUCGAGGAGCGGAACAAGAAUUUGGAGCUUCCCUACACCUAUCUGAACCCCAAAAAUGUGGACAACAGUGUAGCCAUUUGAAAGUAUUUAAAGUAGUCCUUCUUAACGUGUUUGUAUUUCUAUUAAUAACUUUGUCAAUAAAAUUUUGACAAAAUAUGUUCGUUGACAACCUUUUUUUCCAUGACUAAAGCC